AUGGCCCCUCCGACCAACCUCACCACCGACCAGUGGCUCAGCGCCGCCGCGUACCGCCGCACCGUCUACACCCUCAAGGACACGUCGCACGUCCCCGACGCCCGCAUCGAGGAGAUUGUCAAGCAGGUGCUGUCCUUCAACCCGUCGUCGUACAACACCCAGGUCGACCGCGUCACCGUCGUCUUGGGCCCCAAGCACAAGCAGCUAUGGCAGAUCAUAAUCGACGCGGUCCAGCCCGUCCUCGAACAGGCCGGCCCCGGCGUCUGGGACGCGAUGCGGCCCAGGCUUGAGGGCCACAAGAGCGCCUACGGCUCGGUGCUCUUCUGGGUCAGCGACAAGGCCCUGGACGACGCCCGCGAGACGCACAAGGCGGCCGCCCAGGCGCUGCCCCAGUUCGCGGAGCACGCCAGCGCCAUUGCGCAGAUCCUCGUGUGGACGGCGCUGGAGCUCGAGGGCUUCGGCGCCAACCUGCAGCACCUGGGCAUCGUCCCCGGCGUGUCGACGGCGCUGCAGGCGUUCUUGGGCCUGCCCGCCGACUACUCGCUAAAGGCGCACCUCAACUUUGGCGAGGAGGCGGGCGAGCACCCGGAGAAGCCUGCCAAGCUGCCCCUCAGCGAGACUUUCAAGAUUGUCACCUAG